GUCAGGUGAAGGAGAGCGCGCGAUUACGACAGGGAAAGGGGGCUUCGCGGAUAUAUAUAUAUAUAUUUUUCCCCACCCAGAAUUGGAGCUGAACGCUGCGCGAGAGGCAUGGCUCUGUUCUCGGCUCUUGGGCUGCUCUUGCUUUGCCAGCUUUUGACGUCCUCCGCUGCGCAGAGACCUGGUCCUCGUGGGUCACUGGGACUUCCCGGACCUCCUGGACCCCCAGGGAAGGAUGGCACCGAUGGAAAGCUAGGUCCUGCUGGACUUCCUGGAAAGCCUGGACCCAAAGGCAAGGCUGGAGCCCCGGGUUCAGCAGGGGCCGCCGGACUACCCGGCCUGCCCGGAGUGGAUGGUUUGCCGGGUCCUGACGGACCGGCCGGUAAGGACGGACGUCCAGGGCCCCUGGGUGAUCCUGGACCCACCGGACCUGCUGGACCUCCUGGCAGAGGGAGACCAGGAGCUCCUGGGCUGUCCGGAGCCAAUGGAUUGCCAGGUGGAGCAGGUCCCCAGGGCCCCCCAGGACCAGAGGGUCUUCCAGGGCUUCCGGGUCUUCCAGGUCCAGAUGGACCACCUGGACUUCCUGGAGCACUGCCUGAGGGAAACGGGGACCUGUUGUGCCCUGCCAUCUGUCCGCCAGGGCCUCCGGGGCCACCUGGGAUGCCAGGAUUCAAGGGGCACACAGGACACAAGGGAGAUAAGGGUGAACCUGGGAAGGACGGUGAAAAGGGAGAUCCAGGGCCUCCUGGUCCCCCUGGAAUCCCAGGAACAGUGGGUCUACAGGGCCCUCGUGGUUUGAGAGGACUGACAGGACCAACAGGAGGUGUUGGAGACAGAGGCUUGCCAGGGUUCAGAGGCAAACCUGGGCCUUCUGGCGUCAUAGGGAAAACAGGCGACGCUGGAGAGAAAGGACCUCACGGAUUCACAGGACCUAAAGGAGAGCUAGGCAAAACUGGCCCUAAAGGCUUGCCAGGAGCUGUGGGCCCCAAAGGCGAACCUGGGAUCCUGGGUAGAGAUGGCAAAGAUGGCACUCAAGGACUAGAUGGUGAAAAGGGCGACGCUGGUCGGCCGGGGGUCCCUGGAGAGAAAGGACCCGACGGUUUACCGGGUUUGCAAGGAAAAGCUGGUGCAAAGGGAGCUAAAGGAGGAGUUGGGGAUCCAGGAGAGAUGGGGGAGGCAGGACCAUCUGGAGAGCCAGGUAUUCCUGGUGAGAUUGGGAUUCCGGGGGAGAGAGGUGAAGCUGGACCCAGGGGCAUCACUGGAGCCAUCGGACUGGUUGGAAAUCCCGGACCUCAGGGUGUCAAAGGAUUCCAGGGGCUUAAAGGAGCGCUCGGGGACCCCGGACUUCCUGGCCCAACUGGACUCCGGGGACUGUUCGGAGAGAGGGGUCCUGCAGGAGCUACAGGACCUAAAGGAGACAUGGGUAUGGCUGGAAGUGAUGGCUUGCCAGGAGAGAAUGGAGAAACGGGCCCGUUUGGUCCUACUGGACAAAAAGGAGAGGCAGGGAAGCGUGGUGAGCUGGGACCCAAAGGAGUCUCAGGACCACAGGGUGAGACUGGUGCUAGAGGACCACCUGGGAAAUCAGGGCUGAUGGGAUUCCAAGGAGAACAGGGUCUACCAGGCGUUCCUGGAAAGACUGGCGUUCCUGGAAAACUGGCAAGUGAACAGCAUAUAAGAGAACUGUGUGGAUCAAUGAUUGAUGACCAGAUUGCACAGUUGGCUGCUAACCUCAGGAGGCCCCUGGCACCUGGUGCAGUGGGCAGACCAGGACCGGCUGGUCCUCCUGGAAAGCCGGGAGAGUCUGGGUCCAUCGGACAUCCUGGAGUUCGUGGUCCGCCGGGAUACAGAGGGCUUCCUGGAGAUCUGGGUGAUCCAGGCACCAGAGGUGAUGUCGGUGAACCAGGUGAUAAAGGAGACAUCGGGAGGGCCAUUGAUGGUCCAGUGGGAGACCAAGGGGAACCAGGUCUCCAAGGAGUAGCGGGGAUCGUUAAAGAUGGGCGUGAUGGCGCUCCUGGGGAUCCAGGGGCGCCCGGAGAACCAGGCAGGCCAGGCAGGCCAGGGCACCAAGGACCCCCUGGAAUCUGCGACACAUCAGCCUGCCAGGGCACAAUGGCUCACGGGAAGUCAACCAACCCCAAGAAUUAAACCCCAAGGCCUUCCUCUUUCAGGAACACUCUUGCACCCCAGAGUGAGGAAGAGGAGCAAGGAAACAAGGGGAAUAAAAGCAAACCACAGAGUUCUUUUUUAGAAAUGUUAUUCGGAGCUUUAAAAAAAUAAAUAAAUGAGUAAAUAAAUAAAAGGAGAACAUCUGUGGACGUGAGAAAUCAAAAAUGAUGGUACAUCAUCUGAGUGGUUUAGGAACGGCAAAUACUGGGAAUCGGGAAUGAGUGAGCUGAAAGAUUUCAGGACUCUGUGAAUGAGGAAUGAAGAGCAAGUGCAUAAAGAUGUGUACAAACAUGAAGCAAAAACGCUGAAAUGGUUAAAACUGGCCAGUUUUAAAACCCAUAUUUUGUACAUGUGUGUGUAAAAACCGAAUUUACUUCCUUCCUAAAUGGCCAUUCUAGCUUGAAGUUCCCCUGUACAGACUCCUGUAAAGCUAAAACUGUGAUUGUCUUGACAGUGCAACAAAACAAAAAAUGCACACAACAGUGUGAAGUCUUGUGCAGCACAAUCUUUUCUGCCUGAAAAGGAGCAAUUUUACCUCAGAAUGUAGCAAAACAUCACAGAAAUCUCCAAUCUGGAAGCAUCAGUGCAAGGUAAUGAAAAUGUGUUGAAGUAUUUUGUAUAUUACUGGACCAGUAGUGUCUUCCAAGUCUGUUUUUUAUGCAAACCUUCAUGUUUAUUUUUUUUUCUUUCUUACUGUGUUUGAUGACAAAUCCACAUCUGACAAAAAUAAAACAAUUUAAAAAAAAACAAAAAACAAAGCAUCAGUUUGGAUGCUUUAAGAACUGUAAGUGUACAAUAACUAUGAAGUUUGUCUGGAAUUUCCAUCACAUCCACUAUGUACUGGUGCUGUAACAAUUAAAUAUACAAGACUUUAAGUACUAUUUAUUAUUUGUGGGUUACUAUUGUAUGUACAGUGAGACGCUAUAGCACCGUGUUGUAAGAAUUACAAAAUAAAGCCACUUUUCAGUAAAAUGUUAUUCUUCUCUUAGACGUCAAGGUCUAUUAGCCAUUUACUUAAACAAGUAAUACAAACAUUUAUUCAAACCAACAAUACAAAAGCACAACAAACACCAUUAACUAUAUAUUAAAACCCACUGACAAACAAAAGCUAUUCAUAAAUAUAAGCAGACUAAAAUCUGCACCAAAUACAAGCUUUUGUUAAUUUACUGUGAACAGAGGAGAUAAACCUUAAUGAAAUACAAAUGAGUUAAACUGCAGAUGUAUUCAUUAAAAUGCAAAUAUUAUUUUAAAACUAUAUGACUUUAAACUGAAGUAUCAAACUGAAAGUACACGGUCACUUAUGUGAUCUCAUGGAGGAACACCGCCAUCUGUUGUUUGAGUCUUGUAUAGCAGUUUGCUCUUUUCAGUAAAAAGGUUUAGUCCUGUAUGCUCACAAUCAUAUAGUUUAAAAAAAACAAUCCCAGAACCUGAUUCAGGGGAACAAAUUUUGGAGCUGACACAACUAACACAACAAUACAGGCAGAAAAGACACCAACGAAAACAAAUCUAUUCCACGGAUUACGAGGGCACUUUGGCAGGUGGUUAUAUUUAAAUAUUUAAAAUGUAUGAAGCUACAGAAUACAGGUGAAGGAUUAGGAGAUAUUGCUCCAGUAUAAACUGGAGUUUGUUAUGAACAAUAUGA